AUGAGAGAAAUCGUACACAUUCAGGCCGGUCAGUGUGGUAACCAGAUCGGUGCCAAGUUCUGGGAGGUCAUCUCUGACGAGCAUGGAAUCGACCCGAGCGGAACCUACCACGGCGACAGCGACCUCCAGCUGGAGCGCGUUGACGUGUUCUACAAUGAGGCCACCGGCGGUCGCUACGUGCCCCGCGCCAUUUUGAUGGACCUGGAGCCCGGCACCAUGGACUCCGUGCGCGCUGGACCCUUCGGUCAGCUCUUCAGGCCCGACAAUUUCGUGUUCGGCCAGACCGGCGCUGGUAACAACUGGGCCAAGGGUCACUACACUGAGGGCGCCGAACUCAUCGACUCCGUCCUUGAUGUUGUACGCAAGGAGGCCGAGGGAUGCGACUGCCUCCAAGGUUUCCAGAUCACGCACUCGCUCGGAGGUGGUACCGGCAGUGGUAUGGGAACCUUGCUGAUCAGCAAGAUCCGCGAGGAGUACCCCGACAGGAUCAUGGAGACCUUCUCCGUGUUCCCGUCGCCCAAGGUGUCCGACACCGUGGUUGAGCCCUACAACGCCACGCUGUCCGUGCACCAGCUGGUUGAGAACGCCGACGAGGUGCAGGUCAUCGACAACGAGGCGCUGUACGACAUUUGCUUCCGCACGCUGAAGCUCACCACCCCCACCUACGGAGACCUCAACCACCUCGUAUCGGCCGCCAUGUCUGGUGUCACGUGCUCGCUGAGGUUCCCCGGCCAGCUGAACUCUGACCUGAGGAAGCUCGCCGUGAACCUGAUCCCGUUCCCGAGGCUCCACUUCUUCAUGAUCGGCUUCGCGCCGCUCACCAGCAGGGGCAGCCAGCAGUACCGCGCGCUGUCCGUGGCCGAGCUGACCCAGCAGAUGUUCGACGCGAAGAACAUGAUGUGCGCGUCCGACCCCAGGAGGGGCCGCUACCUGACCGCGUGCGCCAUGUUCAGGGGCCGCAUGAGCACCAAGGAGGUCGACGAGCAGAUGUCGAUGGUGCAGAACAAGAACAGCUCUUACUUCGUGGAGUGGAUCCCCCACAACACCAAGUCGAGCGUGUGCGACAUCCCGCCCAAGGGCCUGAAGAUGGCCGUCACGUUCGUGGGCAACUCCACCGCCAUCCAGGACAUGUUCAAGAGGGUCUCGGAGCAGUUCACCGCCAUGUUCAGGCGCAAGGCCUUCCUCCACUGGUACACCGGCGAGGGCAUGGACGAGAUGGAGUUCACCGAGGCGGAGUCGAACAUGAACGACCUCGUCAGCGAGUACCAGCAGUACCAGGAGGCGACCAUCGAGGACGACGAGGACAUCGGCGAGGAGUACUAG